AUGGCAUCUAUGACAGAGAAGGCCUUGGAAGCAGGAAACAUUCCCACCUCACCUGCUGCAUUCGCAGCCACACCCUCCCCGAAAGCCGACCAGCAGCAUGAACCCUCGACCAUGUACGACGACGCUGUGGAAAAGGAAGACUUUUCGGUGUUUACAGUCGGGCAGAAGAGGGCGAUUAUCCUGACAGCAUCUUUCGCAGCAUGGUUCAGUCCCAUGUCAGGUAGUAUCUACUACCCAGCCACGACACAGAUUUCCAAAGACCUGGGAGUCUCCGUUGCGGAGAUCAACAUCACAGUCACGACGUAUCUGAUCGUCCAAGGUCUCGCACCCAUGAUGAUAGCAGGCUUCAGUGACAAAGCUGGCAGAAAGCCAGCUUACGCCAUCUGCUUUACCAUUUACAUCAUAGCGAACCUGGCACUCUCGCUCCAGAACAGCUAUGUCGCGCUCCUCGUACUGCGCAUGUUGCAGUCUGCGGGUAGUAGUGGAACAAUAGCGCUCGCGAAUGGCGUAGUUGGGGAUUGCAUUGUCUCUGCGGAGCGUGGUCAGUAUGUUGCAUUUGCUUCGCUUCCAAGCAUCCUCGGACCCAGCGUCUCUCCAGUACUUGGUGGACUUCUCAGCCAAUUUCUCGGCUGGCAUUGGAUCUUCUGGUUCCUUCUGAUUCUAUCAGGUUCAUUUUGCAUACCAUUGAUGCUUUUCUUGCCAGAGACUUGCCGCAAAAUUGUAGGCAAUGGCUCCGUACCUCCUCCGUGGACAAGCUGGAACCUCAGCGAUCGACGGCGGUUCAAGAAACGGGCUUCCAAGGGAAUACCAGUAGAUGAACAGAAGCUCGCUGAUCUACGACAAAACUACAGAAUCAGCUUCCCAAACCCCAUGACGACUUUGGUGGUCCUGGCAGAUUUCGAGACAGCUUUGAUUCUCAUCGCCACAGCAUUCUCAUACGUUUUAUACUAUGCCGUCUCCGCCGGCGCUUCGAAGAACUUCAGCACACUAUAUGGCUUCAACGAACUCCAGGUAUCGCUCAUGUUUAUCCCCCUGGGCGCUGGAAGUUUGAUAUCAGCCUUCACAACGGGGAUGCUAGUAGAUUGGAACUACAGACGCCACGCAAAAGCCCUCAACUUUCCCAUGGUCAAGAAUCGACAAGUCGACCUUUCCGACUUUCCCAUUGAAAAGGCUCGAAUGCAAGUGGCAAUACCCAUGCUCUUCUUCUCGGCCGCGUCUUGCAUCGGCUACGGAUGGAUGUUGACACAUAAGAUAUCCCUCGCUGGGCCAAUCAUCAUGCUCUUCAUCCUAGGCUACGGCCUGAUAGCAGGCUCCCAAGUCCUGACGGUGUUCAUGAUAGACAUCUACCCAAGUCAACCAGCUACAGCCACUGCGGCGAACAAUCUGGUUCGCUGUCUGCUGGGUGCUGGAGCAAGUGCGGCCAUUACACCCAUGAGCGAUGCACUCGGAACGGGCUGGGCGUACACCAUUUUCUCCGCCUUCCUGCUCCUAUCCACCAUCGGACCCGUAGCCAGCAUGCGAUACGGUAUUUCUUGGCGAAAGGCCAAAAAGGACAAGGCUGCCAUGCGGCAGAGCAAGCGAAUGGCCAAAACGAAAAAGACAAACGAGGAGGCAUCAGCAUGA